AUGAGCAAUCUCACUUCCAUGCCAACUCUUCUCCUGCUCCAAUUCUCAGACAUCCGAGCGCUACAGAUUUUUCAAUUUUUCAUUUUCCUAGCUUUUUACCUAAUGGCAGUAAUAGGCAAUCUUCUCAUUAUCAUUGCAGUUGUCUUUGAUCACCACUUACAUACUCCUAUGUACUUCUUUUUAUUCAAUUUGGCCGUGAUUGACCUUGGAACAAUUUCAGUGAUUGUGCCAAAGUCUAUGGCCAUGUCUCUCAAGGAUGAUAGGUCAAUUUCUAACUAUGGGUGUGCUGCUCAAGUUUUCUUUUAUUUAUUUUUUGCAUCACUGGAUCUAGUUGUGCUAACUGUAAUGGCACAUGAUCGUAAUGUUGCAAUCUGCAACCCACUCCAUUAUGAGAGAAUCAUGCACAAGGGAGCCUGCCUUCAGAUGGUAGCCAUUGGGUGGGCUACUAGUCUUUUGUAUGCUACUUUACACACCGGUGGCACUUUUGCAAUCACCUUCUGUUCUAAUAUGAUCAACCAGUUUUUCUGUGAAAUCCCCCAGUUACUAAAACUCUCCUGUUCUCGUAUUUAUCUAGUGGAAGUUGGGCUUCUUGUUAUAAGUUGUGGUAUAACAGUAGGAUGCUUUAUUUUUAUUACUGUGACAUAUGUUCAAGUCUUUACCAUGGUGCUUCGAAUUCCUUCAGUUCACAGUCAGAAAAAAGCACUUUCAACUUGCCUUCCUCAUCUCACUGUUGUCUCCAUGUUGGUUUUCUGUGGCCUCUUUGCCUAUGCAAAGCCUCCCACUGGUACCUCUUCUAAACUUGAUAUUGCUUUUGCUGUGAUAUAUACUAUACUUCCUCCCAUGCUGAAUCCAUUUGUUUACAGCAUGAGAAACAAAGAGAUCAAGACGGCUCUGUGGAAACUGUUAAAUUGUAUGAUAUCAUCUAAAAGCAUAUUAAAAAUGAUUCUAUAA